AUGGCCGGACCCGAGAGGAAGCUGUCGCGGAGUCUGCAGUCCUCGGCAGGAUCCGCUGACCGGCACAUGAUCCGUCGCGGUGCUGCCAUACAGGCGCUGAUCGACUUGAGCGAGCACAACUCAUUGGCGAUAUCCAACAAGCGCUUCGCUCUGAGCCGUUUGAAGGCGAAUGCUGCCGAGAAGAAUGGGCAGGCUGCUGUGUCGGACGACCCGGGACCUUUGCGGUUCACGCAGAGCCAGCUGCGCCUACUUCGCCAGGAGCAGCUUAUGUUGAUGGCGGAGAACGAGCGGCUGGUGCACGAACUUCAGGAAAUUCGGCGAUGCAGGAUACCAGGCCAAUUCCGACCCGGCCAGGCCCGCGCCGUGCCUGAGUUCCGGGAGUCGAAGUUAUCGAAGGCGAUCGACCUGACCCUCUCCGGCGGCCGCGACACACGAUUACAGGCCGCACGUAUCGGAUUCCUGUGUGCUGUGGUCGCUCGUGUUCGUAUAAGGCUGCUGAGCAGCGCCUUCCGCGUGCUGUCUAGGCAACCGCUCAGGUCGCUGCUAUACGCCUCGUCGCGUGUGCACAACUCAGGACAACCCAGCAUCCGCCAGGUCAUGCUGUCCUGCAUGGUGCUGGAGACCGCCAUACGGUCGAAGGUGCAGCGGAUCAAGCGACUGGGGUUGCGUUUGCUAAGAAACCCCGGAGCCGGCUCGGCAUCGCGGCUGCAGUCGGCCUUUGGGGACUACUCGAGAGCUCCUGGCGGACUCAGCCAAAGUGAAUCCAGACCAGCGGGUAAGUUUUGUUCGUGCGAUAUUUGA